AUGAAAGGCGCGCGGGUGAAAGCAGUUCGACUGGGCUUCAUGUUAUUUGCCAAAGGAGGAUCGGCCAAAGCUGAAAAGACUACGAAGCAGUCGAAGCACGCUGUCUUUUGUCUGACAUUUAAUAAAGCCCAUCAGCAUGAGCAGCUGUGGAUUUUUUUUCGAAUGGAACGAGAUGACGGAUGCACAGGCGUGUACAUGAGUCGACUGCACGCGUAUGUGCAGUCAAAGCAAAGCAACACUGAGUGA